AUGGAAGCCCUCAUUCAGCGUAUCCCUGGGAUGCCUGCUGCUAUCAAGAAGAGUGCCGCAAGCUACUACGCCGACUCACCAUUUGUCGAUGAGAUAGCUUUAGUGGAGAUGCCUAAGAAAUUUAGCUUCCCCAACAUGAAGAUGUUCGACGGGACAUCUGACCCAGACGACCACAUCGCCCAAUAUCGACAAAGGAUGUUCACUGUGGCCAUUCCACGUGACAUGAGGGAAGCAUGCAUGUGUAAGGGGAAAUUAGAGAAACAAUCAGAAGACCUUUACGUCAUCGUCCAACGACGUGGGGAAGCACUGAGAGAUUACUUGGGGCGCUUCAAUAAAGAAAAAGUGUCUAUUACCAAUUGUAACCAACACACAGCCAUCUCAGCCUUCCGCAAAGGACUUCGCUACGACUCAGAUUUAUACAAAGAACUCACCAAGUACCCCUGUAAGACUAUGGAAGACGUCCUCGCCAAGGCAUGGGCCCAAAUCAAGUGGGAAGAAGAUGAAGUCAACUACUACAGAUCCUCUCCAAGAAAAGAGACUCGCAGAGAUUCCAGAGUAGACAGACGGCACAACGACAGACGGUCUAAGCCAUACCCGACUUCUAACAAGUCAGAGAACCGAAGAAGGGAUUACAACCGGCCCACUGACACAUAUCCUCGAAGUGGACCGAAGAUGCCCGAGUACAACUUGUCCAUCUCACAUGCUGAGGCUGUUCAAGUACUUAAGGGGCUUGGAAGCAAAGUAAAGUGGCCUGAGAAGAUGAGGACUCCAGCUGACCCGAGGGACAGAAGCAAGUGGUGUGACUUCCACAACGACCAUGGCCACCGGACUGAAGAGUGCAUUGCCUUAAGAUUAGAAGUAACCAACUUGCUAAAACGGGGCCACCUAGUCGACCACCUCACCGAUAAAGGAAAGAAGACUUACCAGGGUCAGAGGGACACGAUAGACAACCAGAGGGACGUAACACCGCCCAGGCCACCUGUUCAUGAGGGAACAGUCAACGUAAUAACAGGUGGCUCAGAAGUAAGUGGAGUCACCCAGUCAGCGUCAAAGAAACAUGCACGUCAGGCUAACUGGACCAAAGGGGAGACCAGCAGAACAUCUUCCUUACCGGAGCAAACCAUCAGCUUCACGACAUCAGAAUCAACUAGGCUUCUUAACCCUCAUCAUGAUGCUCUUGUUAUUUCUCUUUAUAUAGCUAACUGUUUGACUAAACCUAUACUUGUCGAUAAUGGCAGUUCAGCUAACAUCCUUUUUUUGAGUGCUCUCAGGGAAAUGGGAAUUGACGAAUCCAAAAUUGUGAGGAAGACAACUGUCCUAAUUGGAUUUAGUGGUGAAUAG